UCCUGCUCUCUGAUAGCUCUGAGCUCCACUCUCCUCUCCAGCCAUGAACUCCAGAUGCGUCCGCGGAGGGUCCAGGGGCUUCAGCUGUGGCUCAGCUGUCGUCGGCGGCGGGGGCAGGAAGUCUGCCUUCAGCUCCGUCUCCAUGUCUGGGGGUGCAGGCCGCUGCUCCUCGGGGGGCUUUGGCAGCCGGAGCCUCUAUAGCCUUGGGGGUAACAAGAGCAUCUCCAUGAGCAUGGCUGGGGGCCGCCAAGGCGCCGGCUUUGGGGCUGCCGGAGGUUUCGGGGCUGGUGGUUUUGGUGCUGGUUUUGGGGCCGGCGGCUUUGGCGGUGGAUUUGGGGGUGGCUUCAAUGGAAGGGGGGGCCCUGGCUUCCCGGCCUGCCCCCCUGGAGGGAUCCAGGAAGUCACCAUCAACCAGAGCCUGCUGACCCCCCUCCAUGUGGAGAUCGACCCCGAGAUCCAGAAGGUGCGCACUGAGGAGCGCGAGCAGAUCAAGACCCUCAACAACAAGUUCGCCUCCUUCAUCGACAAGGUGCGGUUCUUAGAGCAACAGAAUAAGGUCCUGGAAACAAAGUGGAACCUCCUGCAGCAGCAGACGACCACCACGUCCAGCAAGAACCUGGAGCCCUUCUUUGAGGCUUACAUCAGCGCGCUGAGGAAGCAGCUGGAUUCCUUGGUCAAUGACAAAGGCCGCCUGCAGUCUGAGCUGAAGGCCAUGCAGGACAGUGUGGAGGAUUUCAAGACCAAGUAUGAGGAUGAGAUCAACAAGCGCACAGCUGCCGAGAAUGACUUUGUGGUCCUCAAGAAGGACGUGGACGCUGCCUACAUGAUCAAGGUGGAGCUGGAGGCCAAGGUGGACGCGCUCACGGACGAGAUCAACUUCCUGAGGGCCCUCUACGCUGCGGAGCUGGCCCAGAUGCAGACGCACGUCAGCGACACGUCUGUGGUCCUGUCCAUGGACAACAACCGCUGCCUGGACCUGGACAGCAUCAUCGCCGAGGUGCGCGCCCAGUACGAGGAGAUCGCCCAGAGGAGCAAGGCCGAGGCCGAGGCGCUCUACCAGACCAAGGUCCAGCAGCUCCAGACUUCCGUCGACCAGCAUGGGGACAGCCUGAAGAACACCAAGAGCGAGAUCUCCGAGCUCAACAGAAUGAUCCAGAGGCUGCGGGCCGAGAUCGAGAAUGUCAAGAAGCAGUGCCAGACUCUGCAGGCGUCCGUGGCGGACGCCGAGCAGCGCGGGGAGCUGGCGCUCAAAGACGCCCACAGCAAGCGCACGGAGCUGGAGGCCGCGCUGCAGAAGGCCAAGGAGGAGCUGGCCCGCAUGCUGCGCGAGUACCAGGAGCUCAUGAGCGUGAAGCUGGCCCUGGACAUCGAGAUCGCCACCUACAGGAAGCUGCUGGAGGGCGAGGAGUGCCGGAUGUCCGGAGAGUGCCAGAGCUCUGUGAGCAUCUCUGUUGUGGGCGGCGGUGCCGGCGCUGGAGGCAUCGGCGGAGGACUAGGCGGCUGCUCCGGGUUUGGAAUGGGUGGCGGCUUCGGCUCUGGCUCCGGAAGUGGCUUUGGGUUUGGCGGCGGUGUCAGUUCGGGCAGCAAGAUCGUCUCUACCACCAGCCUGACCAAGAGGUCCCACCGAUAGAAGCGACGAGGUCCCUGCUGCCCGCUGAGCCCCACUGGCCCGGCCCUGGAUCCUGGUGCUUCCUUUGCCCCCCACCCCCCGCCCCUGCCCUCCCUGUUUGGGGCUCGUCUUCCCAGUGUCGUCUCUGCGCUCCCCUGGCUGUCUCGGCUCCCGGCGUCCUCUCUCCCACCAGCACGUGGACGCCGCCGUCCUCUUGGAGUUUGGUAGCUGCUUCUAGUUGGAGACCAGCCCGGAACAGGAGUGGGUGUCAGGGGACACAGCAUCACCCCCGGACUGAGUAGAUUCCAGGAGCUUCACCUCCUGCAUUGCUGGGGCUGUCCCCUGCCAGCCCGUGGCCACUCCUCGGGGUCCCGAAUGACCCUCUCCAUCGAGACCAAACUCGUCCUCCAUCGCUUGCCAGCAGUGGGCCCUGCAAGGCCAGGACAAGAGCCCCUCACUUUCCCCCCUGAGUCUUCUCACCCUUCUCUCUCUUUGCCCCCGACUCUCCAAUAAAUCGCUUUUGUCAUUCAA